AGGGGGGCGGCGGCGGCCAUGAAGCCCGGCGGUAAGCAGAAGGGGGGCGAGGCGGCGGAGGCGGCGGCUAGCCCGGGCGACCCCUGGAAGGAAUGCAUGGAGGUGGCGGUGCAGCUGGCGCUCCGGGCGGGACAGAUUAUUAGGAAAGCUCUCACCGAGGAAAAACAAGUGUAUACCAAAACAUCUGCAGUCGAUCUUGUGACGGAAACAGAUCACUUUGUGGAAAACUUAAUUGUUUCUUCUCUGAAAGAAAAAUUUCCUUCUCACAGGUUUAUUGCGGAAGAAGCUACUGCUGCUGGUUCAAAGUGCAUACUCAAUGACAGCCCUACCUGGAUUAUUGAUCCUGUUGAUGGCACCUGUAAUUUUGUACAUAGGUUUCCGACUGUGGCUGUCAGCAUUGGAUUUGCUGUUAAUCAAGAGCUUGAAUUUGGUGUAAUUUAUCACUGCACUGAAGAACGAUUAUACACUGGUAGAAGAGGUCAAGGGGCAUUUUGUAAUGACAAAAGGCUUCAAGUGUCAAAAGUGACAGAUAUUUCAAAGGCCUUGAUUUUCACAGAGAUUGGUCCAAAGCGAGAUCCUGACACUUUGAAGCUAUUUCUCAGUAACAUGGAGCAGUUGCUUAAGGCUCAAGCUCAUGGGGUUCGUGUAAUUGGAAGUUCAACAUUAGCACUCUGUCAUCUAGCAUCUGGUGCUGCAGAUGCAUAUUACCAGUUUGGCUUGCACUGUUGGGAUUUGGCAGCAGCUACAGUUAUUAUCAGAGAAGCAGGUGGUGUUGUGAUGGAUACUUCAGGUGGACCUCUAGACCUAAUGUCAUGCCGAGUGAUUGCAGCAGGGACCCAGGAGAUGGCCACAUUCAUAGCUCAGGAAAUACAGACUAUACACUAUAGACGAGAUGAUGAGAAUUGACUGGACUUAAAUAUUUCUUAAAAGUAACAAAGGACCUGCCCUUUUGGAAUUACUAUGCUUCCUUCAGGAUGGAUUGUGUAUAGGAUAAAUUGUUGAAUUAGUAUGUUUCCUAUACAGUCUAUAUAGCAAAGGUAUUAUAAAAAGAUUUUACAUGCAUUCUAGGAAGGUGAAGGGAAAUUUUUAAUUUUUGUAAGCUUCUUAACCCCCCCUUUUAAAUGAGAUCUUAGCUUUGCUUUUUUUAAAAAAAAAUGUCAUAGGCAUCCCAGAUUUGGUUGGCUUCUUACCCUUCUUGAUGCUGAAACAGAGGGGUUUUUAUGUAACACAUGCAACUAAAAACAAAACUUUAUAUUUUUGCAGAUCUCAGGUAAAUUAUUUUUUCUGCAGCAAAGGUAAAAGUAAUUUUGAAUUGUGUGCCUAAAGAAAAAUGGUAUUACUCUUCUCUAAAUUUAAAAGUACAUGAAUUGAUCUUUAGAUAUUUACACUUAUUUAUACAGUGCAGGCAAUACUGGUGAUGGUGCAUAUCCUUGAACUGUGUAUUAUCUUUGUGUAAGUCAUAAUGUAAAUAGGUAAUAUUAGAACUGAUCAGAAGAUGCAAAGUUACUUUUCCCAACAUUUGAAAGUCUUCAGCUUGAGUCAAGCAGCACAACAUAAUCUUAGCAAGGUUUUUUUUAAUUGCCUAGAUAAUUCAAUACAACACAAUAUAAGGGUGUGAUUUUUUUAGCCUAGGUAUUACCAUUGAACACAAAAGUAGCUUGGCAACCAGUGUAUUCUCCUAUUUUUGCAGUUGAACAGUGCAAUACACACUCUGGUCACUGCUAUGCUUAAGUCAUUACCAUGGGAGAAAGGGACUUUAUCAGGGUAAGAACAUAAGAGUGGUAUGGCAGAGCAUUCAGUCAUGUUAAGUCAAUGCCUGCCAUUUCAGCUACAACCCUGAUCAGCUUUUUGUAAGAGCCUGCCCUUUAGAAAUGAUGUGAACCUGCCAUCCUCCACUGUAACUGUGGGGAUAAAAUGCUGCUGCUACUACAAAAAUCAACAUCAUGUCCAAAAUCCAGAUACUAGAACAUUACCCAUGAAGUAGUCUGUGUUUCAUUAAGGUCCCCUAGUUCUAAAUACACUGAAAAAGGGCCAUUAAAACUAAUUAUACUUUUAAGUAAAUAUAUUUAGGAUUAGGAUUUACAACUGAGCCAGUUGUCCCAAUAUGAAGAUUUGGAAUUAGGAAUUUCCUUUUGCUCCAAGGUAAUAUAAACCCUACUCAUUGCCUGAUGGGUAGAAUCUCUUAUUGGCUAAGAGGGGUUUUCUAUUCUGUUUGGCUAGAUGUGUAUUCAAAGCAAGAAAAAAGAGUGUAUAGGGCAAAAUAAUAUUAAUAAGGCAAUGCUGUGUGCUGCUUUGAGCACUCCAGUGAGUGACCUAAAAAAACAACUUGCAAAUACAAUAAAGAUUCUAAAUUGAAGGUUUGCAAAACGACAAGACGUUGCUACAGGUUAGCCUUGCUGCUGUUAUUUGAAAGUUUUGUUAGAUGAGAGCUUCUGUGGUGAAGCGAUAUACCAGGAAAAGCAAUGCCUCCACAAAAAUAAUAUUUUUGUUUGGUGCAAAUGGGUCACCAAAAUGUGGCCACAUCAUGGGAGCAUUGUCACACAUAAAUUGCAUCACACAUACACACACAAAAACAUCUGGGUGCCUGUGAGUUGUUUGCUCAGUUCCACACGAUACAGUAAUAGCAGUAAAUGUGUUAUCUGUGUAAAAUGUCUCAUUUUCCCAGUUAUAAAAUACUGUAAUUUGAGUGCUUGGAAAAUGUGGCAUCUCUCAACAGAAGUGAAACCUUGAAGAAGGACAUGAAGGUAUACAGUAAAUAAGCCGUUAUUGUGUAAUUGAACCAGUUUUGCAGAAAGUCCCAAAAAGUGAUGCAAAAUACUGGUAUCAAUUAAGUAUGUUUAUUUUUUUGUUUUGAUUCAAGCUUUUGAGUGUACUUUUUUUGUGUACUGGCAACAGUUGUGGGGAAACAAACUCUAAACCUAACACUUGUGCCAGCACUAAACUCAGACCAUACUUCAACGCUGGUCCUAAUAACUUACCUUCUGGUUCAAACGACUGCCAACUCCUUUGCUGAUUUUUCUGUACAUUUGGCAGUGCAAAAAAUAGCAGGUUAUAGCUUUUUCCAUCAAUGCAGCCCCUGUGAUUAGAAUAUUUUGUUGCUGCUUAGAGUGGUAUUCAGUUUGUGUGUCCUGUCAGCUCAAGGAUUUCUGCUUCCAUAACAGGACUUUACCCCCUCUCCAACCAAAACCCUCCCCAAAUCUGCCCUGCUAGGGGUUGGGGGAACCCCUAGAAUAGAUUGGGGGCAGGGGAAGGGAAGUGCUGUUGAGCAAGUGGAACUCCUUGUGCUAAUGGAAUCGUGACAUAGCCCUACAUUAUAUACAGUCCUUAGUUUUUGCUGUUCUAUGGUCAUUAAGAGACAGCUACUUUAGGUAACAAAGAAGCUGGCAAUCUCGACAGCUAGAACAUCAGUAAUUCUGAAACAACAAACUAAGUAUGUCAGUCAUAAACCAUGAUAUGUGUCUAUCAUUGCAAGUGGUGACUGUAUAAAUAUUUAAAUUUGAGACUGUACUUUAAAGCACUGUUGACUUAAUAGUACUUAUAUUUGGACUUCAGAGUGUUCCAGGCGCCUCCCUUGCAUCAUUUGUAAGCCAUGUAACAACCUUCUAAGAUUAGUAGUAUCCUUAUGUUGCAGAUUGUGGGGAGAGGAGCUGAGACUGAGAGUGGCUUGCCUAAGACCAUCAAGUGAAUUUAUGGAAAAGUCAAGCUUUAAACAGGACUUUCUUGAUUUGUAGCUCUGUGUUUUGGUGUCAUUGAGCUAUGUUAAGACUGCACUCUUAUACAUGUUUACAUGUAAGUAAGUCCCAUUACAUUUAGUAAGACUUAAUUCAGAGCAGACUUGCAUAAGUUGUGAUCCACAUGCAAUUUCCCCCUUCCUUCUCCUAUUUUUAUAGCAGGCAUGUAAUUGAGUUGGACCCAUGUCACCUGGAAAGGAGGAGGUCUCUCUUCCCUACUGCUAUUUCCCCCCAGAAUUAUUUCAUUAGCAAUUGGGGGGAAGGGGUGAUUUGUCAGGACCAUGGCACUAGAGGAAGGUGGCACCAAAGAACAAAGGAGUUUGGAUUUAGUACAUCCAUUUUAUCUACCUUUUUUCCAAAAAAUCCAACCCAUCCUUGAAAAAAUAGUAAAUCGAUUUUGUAGAUGCUCAGUCUCUUUAACAACCUUGCUACUUUUUUUUUUUUUUGUAUACAAGUUAGCUUUCUGCUGGAAAAUUAGCGGAGGGAACUGACCAUCCUGGCAAUCAAAGCUAAAAACAGCAACUGUGCUCUUGUGCAGCACCAAGUAUUUUGUGUUGAAGUGCUACAUGAUAAGUUUUUUGUGUGUCUUUAUUACAACAUAAAGAAUUCAGAGUAUAUGGAUUUCCUUUUAAUAGCAUCUUAGUUUGCAGUGUUUAGACAAAACUUAUGAAUCUCUCCAUACUUUGUGACUGUUAUAGUAAUUGUGCACCAUUAACUGUCUGUUGUUAAACCUAUUCAGACCUGUAAAAUACUGCUGUGAAAACUGGUAAUCCAGACAUUUCUACCUUCAUAGGGGGCUAUGAGGAAUUAUGUGUUGCAGUAGAAUUCUGUAAAUCCUGCUAUUUACUAUGGGUAAAAAAUUAAAUUUUGUUAUCCAGGAUUAUUUGGAGUAUUAAUGUGUGUUGUCAAAAUGCUUGCAUUCUCCCAUGAAACCGUUUGGCAAUUGGUUCAGGCAGCGCUGCUUCAAAUAAUGUACAGUUAACUUAGAGAAGUCAUUGCCGCAAGAUGACAGGUUAAAAAUAACUAACAGAGAAUUGGACAAAUUCAUGGAGGGUUGGCUACUGAAAGCAACUAGCUGUGUUUUUUUAAACAUUUUUUUCUUUUUGUUAUAUUUGCAAAUAAAGUACUUAUUUAAUUAUCA